ACGUCAUUGAAGUGCUGACUUGUAAGCGUAGCGCAAGUGUUCAGGGCGCCGUUUGAGACACAAGGACAGCUGUGGGUAGUGGACAGGGCAGCCGCCGGGCAGCGCCAUAUUUCCAUCUUGUGUCAAAUAAGUGGGGCGUAGACACUGCGAAAUGGAGGGUAAAGAGAGUAAAGAGCCAGAACAGCUGAGGAAACUGUUUAUUGGUGGUCUAAGCUUCGAGACAACAGAGGACAGUUUACGUGCACACUUCGAGCAAUGGGGAAAGCUCACAGACUGUGUGGUGAUGCGAGAUCCAGGGAACAAGCGGUCACGAGGCUUCGGUUUUGUAACAUACUCCUGUGUAGGUGAAGUGGAUGCAGCCAUGUCAGCUCGACCCCAUAAAGUGGAUGGUCGCGUUGUUGAGCCUAAACGGGCAGUUUCCCGUGAGGACUCAAAUAAACCAGGGGCCCACUUGACAGUGAAAAAGAUCUUUGUUGGUGGGAUUAAGGAGGACACAGAAGAAUAUCACAUACGUGAAUACUUUGAGAGGUAUGGGAAGAUUGAGAGCAUUGACAUUAUGGAGGAGCGAUCAACGGGGAAAAAGAGAGGGUUCUGUUUUGUAACGUUUGAUGAUCAUGACACUGUGGAUAAAAUUGUAGCUCAGAAAUACCACACGAUAAACUCCCAUAACUGUGAAGUCAGGAAAGCACUACCUAAACAGGAAAUGCAGGCAGCUUCUAACCAGAGGUAUCGUGGUGGUAAUUUCAUGGGCAGAGGAGGCAACUUUGGAGGUGGCAACUUUGGUAGAGGUGGUUAUGGAGGAGGCCGCGGAGGUUAUGGAGGAGAUGGCUAUGAUGGAUUUGGUGGAGAUGGUGGAAACUAUGGUGGUGGCCCAGGUUAUGGUGGCGGGCGUGGAGGAUUUGGUGGAGGUCCUGGUUAUGGUCACCAGGGAGGAGGGGGAGGAGGUGGCGGUGGUUAUGGCGGAGGAUAUGACAACUACAACGAUGGACGCAACUUUGGCGGAAACUUUGGUGGCGGAGGAGGCGGAGGUGGAAACUACAAUGACUUUGGGAAUUAUGGGGGACAACAGUCAAACUAUGGCCCCAUGAAAGGAAAUAACUAUGGAGGAAGGAACUCAGGUGGACCAUAUGGAGGUGGCUAUGGUUCAGGUGGUGGUGGCGGUGGCAGCUAUGGGUCAAGGCGAUAUUAAAGUGUGUAUAUUUAUGGCUUCAGGUGGACAGUUAGCAGGAGAUGAGAUGAGUGGAGAGGAGAUGAGAGGAGAGGUCAGGAAAGCAGCAGGUUACUGUGAGAAAGCCAGGACCUGCUAGUCAGAGCACUAAAAAUGGAGACAUAAAGAAGGACUGUUUCCACUAGCUACAAUGAGCAAGGGUGUAGCCAGAUACUCAUGACCUAGUAUGUGUCAGUGUAUGUACAUUCCUUUAAUCUUCUUUGCUAGAUUUUUACCCCUUCUCGUUUUUUCCCCCAUUUCCGAUAUCUCUACGCUUUUUUUUUCCAGAGUGAUAUAUCAAGUGUCGUAGAUUUUGAAGUAAGCUUUUGAUUUAUAUGGUCUUAAAUGAUUUUCUCUUUAGAUUAUUAGAUUUAUAACUUCGACCUAUAGGCAUUUUGUUAUUAAAAAGUCACAAACUAGCUGCCACCUAUGGUAUCAUUUUUGGUUACCGUAAUGUUUUGGUUUCAUGGCAGCGAUGCUCAUCAGUGUCAAGUGUAAUUUUCUGUUAGUGUGUUUGUGCUGUCUUGCAUUGUAUGCAAAAAAGUUAUAAGCAGUAUAGACUUAUCAGAUUGGAGGGCAUGUAACAGAUUCAUUUGUAAAACAGAAGUCUAGAUUGUUAACUUACAUUGAAAAGUGAAAAAAGAAACCAGAUUAAAUAAAAUGUAGAAAAUUCCCUAAUCAAAGUUUAGUGGAUCAUUGAGUCUGGAAGAAAGUGCAGUUUUGAGUGUUUGUUGAAUGUGUCCUCAUGGAAGUGUAGUCAAUGAACCCAGACAUUUCAACACUUAUUAUUAUAAUUAUUAUUAUGUUAAUAUACAUGCUGCUCUUAUGUACGAGCAAAGGGGUAUGGAGAUCUAGCCAAAGGCUGCCAAACAGGUCUCAGUUGCCCAAUGUGGAUGUAAGACAGAGCCUCAACUGGACCAGACAGCGAGUUGUGUCAGAAAAGAGGGAGAAAAAACAAGGGAGCAUCAAGAGCCAAGUCUGUGGAGCAAAGCCAUCAGGUGUCACACCAGAAAGCUAGCAUCUGUUUUUUCCAAAACUAGCCUAACCUCCAAGAGCAGCUGACGCUAGUGAAGAAAGGCUAGCAAGUACCUGGACCCAAGAGGUGUGACAGCCAAUGCUAGCCAGCGAAGGCAGUGAGUAUGAGGGUUUGAGACACAGGUGAAUAAGAGACAGCAGAAGAAGAAGGAAAUGACAUGUCUUAGGACCAGGUAAGAGUAACCAUUCUGCUUAAUUUACAGAUUCAAACUGAAGCGGCUGCUCAGCAAAUCAUGUAUGACACGUUUUCAGCGAAAGGUCUGGAUGGGUAAGAUUAACUCCUCAAAAUAUGUGUGGACAAUUUUACAGUAUCCUCCCAUAGCCACAGGCGUACUUAACCAUACACUACAGUGAACUACUUCUCUUUUAUUUCCAGUACAGAAUAAAUAAUGAUGCUGGGUUUUAAUUCAUGGUUACGCAGGUUAUAUCUUACCUUCAAGUGAGGAUUAAAGGUGUUUCAUAGAUUGCAUUCGAAUUUGACGUUUUGGUAUUCAGAGUGAUUAAAACUUCUGUAUCAUUUACAGCCCACCUCAGCAUUCAGGCCAGUGUGCGAAUAGAAGCUAAAAAAGUUUCAGAACUACUUUGAGCAUGUUAUUACAUCGCUCAUUUUAUUACAUAUUACAGUAUUCCUGUUUAGUUAACCAGAGUUAUUUUACUAUCUAAUUAAAAAUGCAAUGAUCAACUAGGAUCAUGGCUGAGAAACGACUGUAGAAAAUGACAACAGUCAAAAUAAGCAGAAUGCACAUACACAGUAUAGUGUGCAGUAUAGGCUAAUUUACUACUACUUAUAAAAAUUAGAAAGCAGUGGCAGUCAGACACAUUCCCUUCAGUUCCUAAGCACAAUAUUUUACUUUUUAUUUUUCGCUUAAUUUACUCAGAAACGGGUAUCUCACUGUGACUGUUAGUUCUGAAAAGGUUUGUUGCAAAUUGAUGUAUAAAAUACACCUAUGAAAUGUUGAUCGGAUCCACUUCCAGAGGUACACUGUAUGGCCGAAGGUUUGUGGACACCUGACCAUCAUACUGGCAUGUUUUUUGAGCAUCCCAAUCCCAACAUUUAAUAGCACUCCUCUGGGAAAACCUUUCACUAGAGUUUGGAGCAUAGUUUUGAGGAUUUGUGUUCAUUCAGCUGCAGGAGUAUUAAUGAGGUCAGGCACUAAUAUUGGGUAAAGUAUCCUGGGGCACAAUCAGUGUUUCACUUCAUCCCAAUGGUGUUUAGAGGUCCGGAGUCUACUCAAGUUCUUCUAAUCCCACCUUGGCAAACCAUGUCAUUAUGGAGCUUACUUUGUGCACAGGGGCACUGUCAUGCUGGAACAGGUUUGGACUGCUAAGAUCCAAUAAAGGGACCCUUUUCUCUUUUUUUUAAAGCUACAGCGAACAAAGACAUCCUAUACGAUUUGUGGUAACGUUUUGCGGAAGUGCCAUGCUGGUUUGAUAGUCUGGUGCCUACAAACAUUUGGCCAUGUUGUGUAAAAUAGAAAGUAAUAAUCUUUAUUCAAAUAGGUUGGAGUAGAGAGUAAAUUUGCCAGUGACGUUAUAUUAAAUGUUUUAAAUAUAUUUGGACUAGGGUUUUAUUCAGCACCUAAAGAAUGGUGUAGUUUCAAUUAUUGCUGUGUUUAUUAUUUAUGUGGUUAUGGGAGGAUAUAUUUUACUCCUAGAAUACAUUUACAUAUUAUUUUUAAUUGACACACUUAAUUCUGCAGGACAUACUUUACAGCAUAGGUUUUCUUCUAUAAUAUUUUGAUUUGUAUUAAUUUUAUUUUAAAUAAAGCUGUUUGACAAAUCUC